GGUGCGAGGGCUGGAAGGUAAAGGAGUUUUAGUGUUUUUGCACCAAACUUUGCUCAAAAGUCACACGACAUAUAAAUACCGGAGAAAGACCAGAUUUUAACUCUCGUGGAGUCUUUCGCUUGGAAUGUUUUCAGCUCGGGACAAUGGCACUCCAGAAUAUCAUUCAACACUUGCGCGCGCGCUUUGGGAAAUAUGAACGAUUGUACGACGAGGAGCACUUUGAGUCGGAAUCACCAUCUUAUAAAAGAUGCAUUCACAAACGAUUUGGAUUUCCGAGAUUCAGGAAGCUCACAGUAUAUCUAAUCCUGAUCAACCUGAUUAUUCUCGGACUGUUGAUUCAUUCUAUUCGCCCUCUCAUCACCCUGCUCGUACGGAAUGACGAACUAUUCGCAAUCAACUUCUCCGUCGACCAUGCAGCACAUCCAGAAGCAUUUCAAAGGCCAGACGGGAGGAAGAUACCGCGGAUUUUACAUCAGACAGCUCCCAACAGCUCAAUUCCAGAAAUUUGGGCAACCUCACAGCAAAGUUGCAAAGAAGCAUAUUCUGACUUUGAAUAUAAGCUCUGGACUGAUGACGGGGCUCGCGAAUUUCUUAAGGAGGAAUUCCCAUGGUAUCUCGACACUUGGGAUAACUAUCCUUUUCCAAUCCAGCGCGCAGACGCCAUCCGCUAUUUUGUUCUGUAUCAUUUUGGCGGAAUAUACAUGGACAUGGAUACAUAUUGCAACUCGUCCUUCCCCAUAGAUCAGAUCGAAUCUCUACCAGGAAACGACCACGCCUUGUUCAAAUCGACAUUGCCGACGGGUAUCACGAAUGACUUUUUAAUCUCAACCGCAAAGCACCCAGCUUUUGCAUCAGCUGUAUCAAGACUGGCCAGCUUUCACCAGACAACACGGCUCUGGGCUCGUCUUCAACCCUAUGCAGCUAUUAUGCUGUCUACAGGGCCUCUCUUCUUGACCUUGGCAGUGCAACAAUAUCUGCUUGGCCAGCCAAUUUUACCAUCACCAACCAUACACAUCAUGGACCCUGAGAUGCUACUGCCAUAUAUGACAGACUUUGAAACUGCGACCUGGCAUCAGAGUGACGCCCAGGUGCUCAAAUGGCUCGGAGACAGGCCAUGGACAUGGUUCAGUUUGGGAUUCAUUGGGGUUAUCGCUGGCGUAUACACCUUCAAUUGCGUGCUAUCACGAACUUUUACGACUCUUUAUCGUAAGCUAUUAUAAUAUCCUAUAGAUUCAGCGACUGCUUCUCAAGAAAUAAAAAUUUCCCCAGCUAAAAUGGGCAGGUAAUUUCACA